UCUCUUAUUAAGGAAAAGACCAAAAUUGUUGAGCCCUUGGACUAUGAGAAUGUCAUCACCCAAAGGAAAACCCAGAUUUACAGCGACCCCCUCAGAGACCUGCUUAUGUUUCCGAUGGAAGACAUAUCUAUCUCGGUGAUAAGCCGUCAGCGCAGAACAGUGCAGUCCACUGUACCAGACGAUGCUGAGAAAAGAGCCCAGAGUUUGUUUGUCAAAGAGUGUAUUAAAACCUAUAGCACAGAUUGGCAUGUGGUAAAUUAUAAGUAUGAAGACUUCUCCGGGGACUUUCGAAUGUUGCCAUGCAAGUCUCUGCGACCAGAAAAGAUACCCAACCAUGUGUUUGAGAUUGAUGAGGACUGCGAUAAAGAUGAGGAUUCGUCUUCAUUAUGUUCUCAGAAGGGCGGUGUGAUUAAACAAGGCUGGCUGCAUAAAGCAAACGUAAAUAGCACCAUCACAGUUACCAUGAAGGUAUUCAAGAGACGGUAUUUUUACUUGACUCAACUUCCUGACGGUUCAUAUAUUCUCAAUUCCUAUAAAGAUGAGAAAAAUUCAAAAGAAUCUAAAGGUUGCAUCUACCUGGACGCCUGCAUCGACGUUGUUCAGUGCCCCAAAAUGCGCCGUCAUGCAUUCGAACUCAAGAUGUUAGAUAAGUAUAGCCAUUAUCUGGCUGCUGAGACUGAGCAGGAAAUGGAGGAAUGGUUGCUAACUUUGAAAAAGAUUAUUCAGAUCAAUACCGACAGUUUAGUGCAAGAGAAAAAGGAGACGGUAGAAACAACACAAGAAGAUGAAACUAGCAGCCAAGGAAAAGCCGAGAACAUCAUGGCCAGCUUGGAAAGGAGUAUGCAUCCGGAACUGAUGAAGUACGGCAGAGAAACUGAACAGCUAAAUAAACUCAGCAGAGGGGACGGAAGACAGAAUCUCUUUUCUUUUGAUUCGGAAGUCCAGAGGUUGGACUUUUCAGGAAUCGAGCCUGAUAUAAAGCCAUUCGAGGAAAAGUGCAAUAAACGUUUCCUGGUAAACUGCCAUGAUUUAACUUUCAAUGUCUUGGGUCAAGUUGGAGACCAUGCAAGAGGACCGGCCACAAAUGUUGAACCCUUUUUUAUCAAUCUCGCUUUAUUUGAUGUGAGGAACAAUUGUAAGAUUUCAGCUGACUUCCACAUAGACCUGAAUCCCCCGCCUGUCCGUGAAAUGCUGUGGGGUGCUUCUGCGCAACUGGCCGCCGACGGACACCCGAGAAGCUCUUUACCAGAGUCUUUUAUUCAUGGAGUUGCAGAAUCCCAGUUACGCUACAUAAAGCAGGGAAUUUUCUCGGUGACGAAUCCACAUCCUGAAAUUUUUCUAGUUGCGAGAAUUGAAAAGGUGCUCCAGGGAAACAUUACACACUGUGCAGAACCCUACAUCAAAAAUUCAGACCCAGCAAAGACGGCGCAGAAGGUGCACAGGACAGCAAAGCAAGUAUGUAGCCGCCUCGGACAGUACAGAAUGCCCUUUGCUUGGGCUGCCAGACCCAUUUUCAAAGAUACUCAAGGUUCUCUGGAUCUGGAUGGGAGGUUUUCUCCUUUGUAUAAACAAGACAGUAGCAAGCUUUCAAAUGAAGACAUUCUCAAGUUACUCUCAGAAUACAAGAAGCCGGAGAAGACCAAAUUGCAGAUUAUUCCUGGGCAGCUAAACGUCACGGUAGAAUGUGUUCCUGUGGAUUUAUCAAAUUGCAUUACUUCCUCAUAUGUGCCCCUGAAGCCUUUCGAAAAGAAUUGUCAAAAUAUUACCGUGGAGGUCGAAGAGUUUGUUCCAGAAAUGACAAAAUAUUGUUAUCCGUUUACUGUUUAUAAAAACCAUCUGUAUGUCUAUCCCUUGCAAUUAAAAUAUGAUAGCCAGAAGACAUUUGCCAAGGCGAGGAACAUCGCAGUCUGUGUAGAGUUCCGGGAUUCAGAUGAAAGCGACGCUCGCGCUCUAAAGUGUAUUUAUGGAAAACCUGCAGGAUCUGUUUUUACCACAAAUGCUUACGCUGUUGUCUCCCAUCACAACCAAAAUCCAGAGUUCUAUGAUGAGAUUAAAAUCGAGCUUCCCAUUCACCUGCAUCAAAAGCAUCAUUUGCUCUUCACGUUUUAUCAUGUAAGUUGUGAAAUUAACACAAAGGGAACAACCAAAAAGCAGGACACAGUUGAAACUCCAGUUGGCUUUGCCUGGGUACCUUUGCUGAAGGAUGGUAGAAUCAUUACAUUUGAGCAGCAGCUGCCGGUUUCAGCCAAUCUUCCUCCAGGCUACUUGAAUGUGAAUGAUGCAGAAUCAAGAAGGCAAUCUAAUGUGGAUAUUAAGUGGGUAGAUGGCGCUAAGCCUUUGUUGAAGAUUAAAAGCCACUUAGAGUCUACCAUUUAUACUCAAGAUCUACAUGUCCACAAAUUCUUCCAUCAUUGCCAGCUGAUUCAGUCGGGCUCCACAGAAGUUCCGGGGGAGCUCAUUAAAUAUUUAAAGUGUUUGCAUGCCAUGGAGAUCCAAGUGAUGAUACAGUUUCUGCCUGUAAUUCUUAUGCAACUCUUCCGAGUUCUCACAAACAUGACCCACGAAGAUGACGUUCCUGUCAACUGUACCAUGGUUCUCUUACAUAUCGUUUCAAAGUGCCAUGAAGAAGGCUUGGAUAAUUAUUUAAGAUCCUUCAUCAAGUAUAGCUUCCGACCCGAAAAACCGAACGCGCCUCAGGCCCAGCUGAUACAUGAAACUCUGGCCACUACGAUGAUCGCAGUGUUGAAACAGUCUGCUGACUUUUUAUCGAUAAACAAACUGCUAAAGUACUCGUGGUUUUUUUUUGAAAUUAUUGCAAAGUCUAUGGCCACAUACUUGUUGGAAGAGAAUAAAAUUAAGCUUCCCAGAGGCCAGAGAUUUCCAGAGGCAUAUCAUCAUGUCUUACAUUCAUUGCUUCUUGCGAUAAUUCCGCAUGUGACUAUUCGCUAUGCCGAGAUUCCCGAUGAGUCCAGAAAUGUCAAUUAUAGUUUGGCUAGCUUCCUGAAGCGCUGUUUGACACUAAUGGAUAGAGGAUUUGUUUUCAAUUUGAUAAAUGACUAUAUAUCUGGAUUCAGCCCCAAAGAUCCUAAGGUUCUGGCUGAAUACAAGUUUGAAUUUUUGCAAACAAUUUGCAACCAUGAGCAUUACAUUCCUCUGAAUUUGCCAAUGGCAUUUGCCAAACCGAAACUCCAGCGAGUGCAAGAUUCAAAUCUUGAAUACAGUUUAUCAGAUGAAUAUUGCAAGCAUCACUUCUUGGUCGGUUUACUUCUGAGGGAAACCUCCAUUGCUCUGCAAGACAAUUACGAGAUCAGAUAUACAGCUAUCUCUGUCAUAAAGAAUCUUUUGAUAAAACAUGCAUUUGACACUAGAUACCAGCACAAGAACCAACAAGCCAAAAUAGCACAGUUGUACCUCCCGUUUGUUGGACUGCUCUUGGAAAAUAUACAGCGAUUAGCUGGUCGAGACACUAUGUACCCUUGUGCAGCCGUGCCCAGUUCUGCAUCCAGGGAUGAGUUCGCCUGCGGCUUCACUUCACCUACAAAUAGAGGGAGUCUGACCGCUGACAAAGACACGGCUUAUGGGGCUUUUCAAAAUGGACAUGGGAUUAAGAGGGAAGAUUCAAGAGGUUCCCUCAUCCCAGAAGGAGUAACAGGACUUCCAGAUCAGAGCGGAACUGUUGAAAACACCCGACAGAGCUCUGCAAGGAACAGUAUAUCCCAGUAUAACCGACUGGAUCCGUAUGAAAUCAGAAGCCUCUUAAUGUGCUACCUGUAUAUAGUAAAAAUGAUUUCUGAAGAUACUCUCUUAACUUACUGGAAUAAAGUAUCUCCUCAGGAGCUCAUAAACAUUCUCAUACUUCUAGAAGUAUGUUUGUUUCACUUUAGGUAUAUGGGGAAAAGAAACAUAGCAAGGGUGCAUGAUGCCUGGCUGUCAAAGCACUUUGGGAUAGACCGAAAAUCACAAACCAUGCCAGCCCUUCGAAACAGAUCAGGAGUAAUGCAGGCCCGGCUUCAGCAUCUUAGUAGCCUGGAAAGUUCAUUUACACUUAAUCACAGUUCUGCGACCACCGAAGCGGAUAUUUUCCAUCAGGCCCUUCUUGAAGGCAACACUGCUACCGAAGUGUCCCUGACAGUACUAGAUACCGUCUCGUUUUUCACCCAGUGCUUCAAGAGUCAGCUUUUAAAUAAUGAUGGCCACAACCCAUUAAUGAAAAAAGUAUUUGAUAUCCACCUGGCUUUUCUUAAAAAUGGACAGUCUGAAGUGUCACUGAAACAUGUUUUUGCCUCACUGCGAGCUUUCAUCAGUAAGUUUCCCUCCGCGUUUUUCAAAGGAAGGGUUAACAUGUGUGCCGCAUUUUGCUACGAGGUUCUCAAGUGCUGCACCUCGAAGAUCAGCUCAACCAGGAACGAGGCAUCCGCGCUUUUGUAUCUUCUGAUGAGGAACAACUUUGAGUAUACCAAGAGGAAAACCUUUUUGAGGACCCAUCUGCAGAUCAUAAUUGCUGUGAGCCAGCUGAUAGCCGACGUGGCACUAAGCGGAGGAUCGCGAUUUCAGGAAUCCCUGUUCAUUAUCAAUAAUUUUGCAAACAGUGACAGACCUAUGAAGGCCACUGCUUUUCCCACAGAAGUCAAAGACUUGACCAAGAGAAUCCGUACUGUCCUUAUGGCCACCGCUCAGAUGAAGGAGCAUGAGAAAGAUCCUGAAAUGUUAAUUGAUCUCCAGUACAGCCUAGCCAAGUCCUAUGCGAGCACCCCGGAGCUCAGGAAAACCUGGCUUGACAGCAUGGCCAAGAUUCAUGUAAAAAAUGGAGAUUUUUCAGAGGCCGCAAUGUGUUACGUGCACGUGGCAGCUCUGGUUGCCGAGUUUCUCCAUCGAAAAAAAUUAUUCCCGAGUGGAUGUUCAGCCUUCAAGAAAAUAACUCCCAAUAUAGAUGAAGAAGGAGCAAUGAAAGAAGAUGCUGGAAUGAUGGAUGUCCAUUACAGUGAGGAAGUUUUGCUGGAGUUGCUAGAACAAUGUGUGGAUGGCUUAUGGAAAGCAGAACGUUAUGAAGUCAUUUCUGAGAUCUCCAAGUUGAUCAUUCCAAUUUAUGAGAAACGUCGUGAGUUUGAGAAACUUACUCAAGUUUAUAGAACUCUUCAUGGAGCUUACACAAAAAUUCUAGAGGUCAUGCACACAAAAAAAAGACUUUUAGGGACUUUCUUCAGAGUUGCCUUUUAUGGCCAAUCUUUUUUUGAAGAAGAGGAUGGGAAGGAGUACAUCUAUAAAGAACCCAAGCUCACCGGCCUCUCGGAGAUUUCCCUGAGACUCGUUAAACUUUAUGGUGAAAAAUUUGGUACAGAGAAUGUUAAAAUAAUUCAGGAUUCAGACAAGGUGAACGCUAAAGAUCUCGAUCCAAAAUAUGCUCAUAUCCAAGUCACUUAUGUGAAGCCCUACUUUGAUGACAAAGAACUCACGGAAAGAAAGACCGAGUUUGAAAGAAACCAUAAUAUCAACAGAUUUGUUUUUGAAGCUCCUUAUACAUUAUCAGGCAAAAAGCAAGGCUGCAUAGAAGAACAGUGUAAACGCCGCACCAUCUUGACCACUUCAAACUCCUUUCCGUACGUGAAGAAGAGGAUCCCUAUAAACUACGAGCAGCAGAUUCAUUUAAAGCCCAUUGAUGUCGCGACUGAUGAGAUCAAAGAUAAGACGGCAGAGCUGAAAAAACUUUGCUCCUCUGCCGACGUGGACAUGAUUCAGCUGCAGCUGAAAUUGCAGGGUUGUGUCUCAGUGCAGGUAAAUGCUGGUCCAUUAGCAUAUGCAAGAGCUUUCUUAAAUGAUAGUCAAGCUAGCAAGUAUCCACCAAAGAAAGUAAAUGAGUUGAAAGACAUGUUUAGGAAAUUCAUACAGGCAUGCAGCAUUGCACUUGAGCUAAAUGAGCGGCUAAUUAAAGAGGAUCAAAUUGAAUACCAUGAAGGGCUAAAGUCAAAUUUCAGAGACAUGGUAAAAGAAUUGUCUGACAUUAUCCACGAGCAGAUAUUACAAGAAGACACAAUACAUUCCCCUUGGAUGAGAAACACGUUACAUGUAUUUUGUGCCAUUAGCGGUACGUCGAGUGACAGAGGUUAUGGUUCCCCAAGAUACACUGCUGAAAUAUGAGGACGUGCAACUGUAAAGUGAAAACGAGACUGACCUUUCUCAGGAAUGAGUGGAGCUGUGCAAACGUUCCAAUGUAAAGAUGUGAUACACAUGGAGUGUUUCUUCCUGACACCAAAAUUUUCAUGCUUUCAAACAGGGUGCUUACAUAUUUGUAAAUAUCUAAGCAACUUGAAAGUGCCUGGUAAAUUGCACCACUGUGCUCGGUUUGUACUUUUUUAGGUAAAUCUAUAUACGGAGAAGCAGAGCUCAACAACGUGAAUUCAGUUUGCUUAAUUAUCGCUUACAGUAACCAUGGUACUAUGUAAAAUUGUAUAAUGGAACACAAUAAAAGGUAAAACUUAUUUGUAAUUAGAAGUGAAGGAAGCAAUACUUUGAACUUAGCAUUUUUCUUGACGAGGAGCCCACGGCAUGAUCAUGCUAGUCCUUGGAGAGCACAAAAGUGAUCAGAUUUCCAGAAAACAUGGAUAUUUCAAAGUGGGGAGGGCACUUGAAAUCUGCCUGCUGGCAUUCAAGGCGAGGCUCCAGGAGACAAAAUUGUUACUUAAAGCGGAGACUUCCACAAGGAAAGGCUGUACCUAGAAAUACCAACACUUAACCGUUCCUUCAAGUUUUGAUCCAGCGAAGCUGGGUAGGUAAUCAAGGCGGGCUCUCUCCGACUUGCAGGACGAGGGUUCAUAUAUGACAUAGGUUUCCCUAGGAAGGCGGCAUCUGUUGCCAGGGUUUCGUCAUCAGGGGCCAUCCACAAAGCUAGAUAAAACAUUCCUGCGAAUUCACAGUGAGUGCACCCUUUGCAACUUCAGAGCUUUCAAAGCAGCAGAGGCAGGUAGGCAUUUUGUAAUGACUCUUUUUUUCCAGUUUGCAAGAUUGGCACGUAUUUUGAUAGAACUUGAUGGUUGCAGCAUUUUGGCAGGUGGGGGUCAGGACACACACCCACCGCAGACUUAGCGACUGCUAGCUAGGGAUUACAUUUCUAACCACGAAGACCUCUCAGACUGCCUAAAUCAUUCAAGAGAAACCAAGAUGUAAUGAACUUCUUUUGCUGGAAUUACCCACGUCAUUUUGACCGGCUUUCAUGUAAACUUCAGGUUCUAGACAUAUUUUCCUUAUCUAGUUUAGCCUAUUUUGCAGAGAAAAAAAAAAAAGACACUGAAAUAGAAAUGAAUUGCAUGGAGCCUUGGCUUUUUUAAAUGCUUUGUGAUCAAGUAAAUCUUAGGGAUUAUGCUCCUGGCUGGCCAUUUUUCUUUACAUGUCCUUUUGAAGCUUUGAGGGGAGCAUGACAUUAUUUAUUGAAGGUUACCUUUGUACUUUCAUAGGGGAUUCAGAAGUGUUCCAGACGCAGUUUGUAAUUCCUUCAUAUCUUGGAGUAACCCGUAGAGUUAGUUUCACGUUUAAAGUGAUUAGAUUUGGUAUGUGUGUGUAAGGAGCCGUCACCUAGAAUGAGGCUUCUUGGGGACAUUUCAGUGGUCUUUAGUCGACAGCUGGCCCCAUAUCACGGCCCCCACCACAGUGUUCUGUACCAUGGGUAAUUUUUUAAAGUAACAUAACUGGUCCGUGUGCUCAAGGAGCUUGCAGUGUAGUUGCGGAGGCAAGAUACACACAAGAUUACAUAACACAAGAAUUGACAACCUGAGACCAGAAAAGUCCUACCUGAGCAUUUGCCAACAGAGCCACACUGUCCUUACCUUUCAUCACAUUCAAGGAAUGAGAGAUCGCUAUGGAUUAUGGUGUUCAGGGAUGGCUUUGUGGACAAAAGGAAGCCCUGGACAGGCUCUUAAGGAUGAGAGGGCACUCCAGGCAGAAGGAACAUCGUGCACAGAAGUGCAAAACGAAAUAGCGGGAGUUCAGGGGGUGUCGAGGAGACGAGUUUUGUUCAAGGGAGUAGUAGAGGAUAUAAACCUAGAAUGAAAACACGGACCUAGAUGGUGGAAGGCCUUGAAUGGCAGGCUGACGGUGUUUGGACUUUACUCAGGAAACAUGGGGGAGCCAGUCAAAGGUUUUUAGACAGAUCACUUGAUUCACUCUUACGUUUAGAUAUUUAAAACUUUACAUUGCUGUCAGAUGUGUCUGAGGCAGAGGGAGAUAGAAAUGUGGAAACCAAUUAGCUAGUGCAGCAAUCUAAUUAUGAGGCCCUAACCCCCUAGAUAAGACCAAGAAUGGAGAAAUACCAAGUAUAAGAGACCUUAUGUGGAAAUACCGGCCCUGGGCUAUUGAUGGCUCAGGGGAAAAAAGGGAAACCUGAAGGAUAAUUUUGUGUCCUGUGGCCAAUGAGUCCCCCCAGGUCGUGACACAGUGUCACGAGGGUUUAUUUCUCCCAGCUUUCGGACAAAGGGCAGCAAGCUGUAGAGAACCAGGUGGGCUGGGCUAGAGGAAGCCAGGAAAGUGUGUUUGGAAUCACGAUCUGUGUUAGGUAUUACUGUUUAUAUAGUUGAAUGAUUUCAUGAAGUGACCCGGCCUCUACAAAGUAACUCACGUCAAAAGAAUACAUUUCUGCUAUACUGGUUGUUUUCCAGUCAAGCUUGAAUCCAGUUCCCCCUGGAAGCAACUGUUUUGGUAGGUCUUUGAAAGCAUUGUAAAACCGGAAUAAGUCAUCCCUGAUAGUGUUUGUUUAUCGCUGCGGUGACAACCCGGAGAGAACCUAAGUCCACGCAAACUCUCCUGGUAACCAGCUGUCGCCAGUGGCAUCGUCUCUGUGGACGGGAUUGUUAUUGUGACCAUGUUUAUGUGAUUUGCCUGCCUAUAUACAUCGUGUAAACAUCUUCUUAAAACUGAAAUAGAAAGCAGCUGCGGUCGCAAUAGCCUUGGAACCUUGACCUCCGUAUCGUGGGACUAGAGAUGAGUCACUGGUUAAUCAACAAACUAAAUAGGUCAGUGUAACAACCCAGGCUUCUCAUGUCUAAAUACUAGUUUUAUCGGAGGUGAAGAAUCUGAGCGGCAUAUUGGAGUAAUAGGCAUUUCCAAGCUCUUCAAAAUAUUAAUAAUCCGCUACGUCUUUUGGGGUUCUGAUCCACAAAAUGGUGGGCUGCCUUCAGUCUCGGUCUUGUGCCGAAAAUACACCACUUGAGCCAUCAAAACAGCAAGGGCCAGGAAUAGAAUAAAAGUUGGUUGGGGAUGGGGAGUGGGUUUGUGUCAAAGGCUCUUCCCCUCUCCUGAGAGUUGGCCAGCAAGAGUGCUUUGUUCAUCUGGUUCCAGUUACAAUAAAGGCUUUUUUUCUAGCCCUCAA